AUGUCUGAAGAAGGAGUAGGAUGCCAUGAAAGUUUCUUCUGGGAAAACCAAUCACGGGGUUUUACUAAUUCAGACAAUUCAGCUGGUGGCAGUGAAGAGAAAUUGGGUAAUAAGAAGGUGCCAGGCUCUAGCUCGAAUAGCCAGGCAGAGAUAGGAAUGGAAGAGGCGGUGCCAUUGCCAAUUGUUAAGAAGAGGGGAAGAGGGGGUGUGAGCAAAAAUGCGAAGGGGAGUAAUGGUGAAGGGAGAGCAGGGAAAGGAAGUGGUGAAUCAGAUCAUGAUGUUCAUAUAUGGACAGAGAGAGAGAGGCGGAAGAAGAUGAGAAAUAUGUUUGCUAAUCUUCAUGCUUUGCUUCCUCAACUUCCUCCUAAGGCCGACAAAUCCACAAUCGUGGAUGAAGCAGUGAAAUGCAUCGAAACCCUACAGAACAAUCUCCAGAAGCUGCAGAAACAAAAGCAAGAAAGGCUCCAAGGUGCCUCAUCAACUUUCGGUUUUGAGCCAAACACAAUCACUUCAUCACAAAACCUAUCCUACGACACAAGGGAGGCAUUCUUAGCUGAUCAAGGAUCUUCAAAUAUCCAGGCAAUUGGAACAAUUGCUACUACUUGUUCAAAUUCACUCCCGGUCUUGCGAAAUCCUGUAAUGUUUCAAACAUGGACUUCUUCAAAUGUCGUCUUGAAUAUUUGCGGCAAUGAUGCACAAAUUAGUGUGUGCUCGCGUAAGAAGCCUGGCCUCUUGACCACCAUCUGCUAUGUGAUGGAGAAGCAUAAAAUAGAGGUGGUAUCUGCUCAAAUUACCUCAGAUUAUGAUCGGACCAUGUACAUGAUUCAAGCUCAUGUGACUGGAGCUUCCGUUCAGUUCCAAGAGGCAGAAUUUCCUGUGGAAGAAAUAUACAAGCAAGCUGUGGCUGAGAUGAUGUUAUGGGUUUCUUCCUGA